AAUCAAGGAGUCCUGCUCCCCACAGAAGCAACUUGGCGCCUGCAUUGCCACUUGGUGAGCGGAAGAAGUAGAUUAUUAGGAGAGACAAAUAACACCGGACCGGGGGCGGGGAGCCCAAUUCAAAUCAGGGCUCGCUGCUGUGGCCUGAAUCGCGCAGGAUAGGGCGUCUGCUGAACCGCACCAGCAAAGCUGUGCUCCCAGGCGAGAGGAACAAUCGAAGAUUUAUUUUCCCUUCUCUCGGCCUCGCCGUGGCGGAGUGGAGCCUUUCCUUGCCCGCCGUGGAUGGAUGCUUGUGUCCAGAGCAGAAGCCAGCGUGUAGGCUGGUAGAGGGACUGGACGCUUCCUCUGCCAAGGGGAAGGACGGGAGGACGGAGGCAGCGCCACUCAGGAGCCGCGGGGCGCGCAAGCGGGGAGAGCGCGCAAGGAGAGUUGGCUGGCGCCCGGCCGGCGCCGAGCGGGGAGGCAGCCCGUUUUUUUCUCCCUCGGACGGCCGCAGCAUUUGCAACGACAACUCCGGGAAAAGUCUCGGCUAUGACGACGUCCGUAGAGCCCCGAGGUUACAUGGAAGGCCUUAAUCACCCCACAGCGAUGUCUGACAGUUCAAGAAGCCCAAAUCCAUCCUUGUUGCGGGCUGAUAUAGAAGCAGUUUGUUCCCACCAGGAGCCUUUUGCAGCUACAUGCUCAGUUUCAAAUAAUACCACUGUUCCAAGAGAAAAUAGUCCUGCAGAUGAAGAUAUUUGGCAGCAAAACAAUUCUCAGUCCUCCUUGAUGCCCCAGUUUCCAGAAAUGAGCAACAGCAAUAUAGGAGGUUACCUCAUGUCUCCAGAUCUUUCUGCUCCUGUGCAAGAUGAUUCACGCUUCCAGACAAAAGGAGUCCAGCCUGGGUCAUUGAACAAUCUGGAGAAUGCAACAGCUGGACCACAACAGGACCUUUCAGUUAGUGGUAGCAUCCAAACUUUUCACAAUUAUGGUGGGGAUGUUGCCAACAAAAACCAGUUAGUGAAAGAAAAACAACUUUCUUUUAUGCCAAAUUCUGAUGGGUCUCCCAAAAUAACAAAAUCUAUGGUGGACAGUAGUUUUUUGCCACACAGCUAUCUUGCAUCAUCUUCUGGAUAUGACAGUCAUAACAGUCCAAAUCAGCAAAACCAGGGAUUGCACAUGUACCCACAACCCCCUCUUCCUGAGAAGAAGAGGAUAUCUGAGGGAGAACGUUCUUUUGGCUCUGCCUCACCUUCUUCGAGUGGUUUCUCCAGCCCACAUAGUGGAAGCACUCUCAGCAUUCCAUUUCCAAAUGUACUUCCAGAUUUCUCUAAAGUUGCAAGCCCACCACCAUUAUCAGAAAAUAUGGGUGAUAAACAUGUGACUGUAAACUUUGUUCAAGACACUUCCAAAUUCUGGUAUAAACCGGAGAUUUCAAGAGAACAAGCCAUUGCUGUCCUGAAGGACAAGGAAGCUGGGUCAUUCAUUGUCCGUGACAGUCAUUCCUUUAGAGGAGCCUAUGGUCUGGCCAUGAAGGUUGCUACACCUCCUCCUUCAGUGUUGCAGUUAAACAAGAAAGUUGGAGAUAUUUCCAAUGAACUUGUGAGACAUUUUCUGAUUGAAUGCACCCACAAAGGAGUGAGAUUGAAAGGAUGUCCCAAUGAGCCAUAUUUUGGAAGUUUGACAGCUUUGGUGUAUCAACAUUCCAUUACCCCUCUGGCAUUGCCUUGCAAGUUACUCAUCCCAGACCGAGACCCUCUGGAAGAGAUUUCUGAAACCUCCAUGCAAACAGCUGCAAAUUCAGCUGCAGAGCUUCUGAAACAAGGGGCAGCUUGCAAUGUUUGCUACCUGAAUUCUGUCGAAAUGGAGUCUCUAACAGGUCAUCAAGCUGUGCAGAAGGCCCUGACCUUAACAUUAGCUCAAGAGCCUCCUCCCACCUCCACUGUAGUCCAUUUCAAAGUGUCUGCACAAGGUAUCACAUUGACAGACAAUCAGAGAAAGCUUUUUUUCAGAAGGCAUUAUCCAGUCAGUAGUGUUAUUUUUUGUGCUUUGGAUCCACAGGACCGAAAAUGGAUUAAAGAUGGUCCUUCAGCAAAAGUAUUUGGCUUUGUUGCAAGGAAACAAGGCAGUGCAACUGAUAACGUCUGCCACCUGUUUGCCGAGCAUGAUCCAGAACAGCCUGCCAGUGCCAUUGUAAACUUUGUAUCAAAGGUCAUGAUAGGUUCCCCAAAGAAGAACUGAACGUUUUACUGCUGUGUUGAACUUGCAGGGAGCGUAUUCUCAGAUGAAAGCUACGUGACCGUUGGCAUCUCCUCUGGCGCAUACUCCGUCUGUAGAAUAAUACAAAGGAUGCCUUUUAUACUUCAGUAAUAUCACCUGAUCGUUUAAACAUUUUGAUAUCAAACUACAGUUCAGCAAAUACAAGAACUGGAAGCUUGCAAGCUCCUGAAUACCCGUUUCUGAACAAAUAUUUGGAAAAUCUAAAGCAUCAAAGUUGGGAAAAUUGAAAUGAGUUUUUCUGAUUUUUAACUUCAUUGUGAUGGAGCAGAAUGUGGGAAAGUGGGCAUUCACCUGUUUGAUCAGACAUGUUGCUUUUAUGUGGAAUGUUUGCUAGAAAGUCAUAUAUGGUCACGAGAACAGAAAUUUGCAUGAGAAAAUCUCAUGGGUCUCUCAGCUGUAAUGCAGGAAUGAGAUUGGGAGCAUGGGGGUGGGGAUGGGAGAUGUACAGGCUUGCAGAUUUAUUAGGUGAAAAGAGAGUGCACUGACUCUCCUCCUAAUUGUUCUUCCUUGCAAAUUCCCACUUUGGGGCACUUUUAAAAUGUUUGUUGUUCCCUUGAGUAGGUUCAGAAGCCACUGUUCCGGGUACAUUUGUAGUGAACAGUUGGUGGGUUCUGGAACAGUUACAUAGAAUUCUUCCUUCUGCUCAUAGAUCCUCUGUUGCAAGUGCCCACUUGGGCAGACAUUUGCUUUUGCAUUGAUUGUUGCUCUGGCCCCAGCAAACAAGCUAGGACUUCUCUUCAUUUUAAUAUUAGAGUGAUGGACAUCAAGAUUAUAAUGGAAAGUGUAUGUUUGUAGGAGAUUGGUGCAAGUUUAUUUGGGAUGGUGUAAAGAGAGAGAGUAGGUUUGCCUAGCGCAUAUAUUGUAAGAAAGGUUAGAUGUUAAUUUGUUGAAAGAUAAAUGGGAAAUGAUGGAAUAUUUAAAAGGGGAUAAUGUGAUUCAGAAAGUUUUAUGAAGAAUUUUAGCAAGAAAAGUAAUGCCCUUAAUAAUUGCAGUAUAUAAAUGAGGGGGAAGCACAUGAGAACAGUUUGUAUAAUUUAUAAUAUAUAUAUAUAUAU